AUGGGGGCCAACGGACAGGGAAAUUCCAGUCCUCCAACUGAGAAGGUCAACACUGAUAUUAUAACCCUUACUCGAUUCUUGACGGAAGAACAAACAAAGCACAAGGAAGCAACUGGAGAUUUCACUCUUCUCUGCCACGCCCUCCAAUUCUCCUUCAAGUCUAUAGCCUACUACAUCCGCCGCGCCACCCUCAUAAACCUCACUGGCCUCGCGGGUUCAAGUAAUACCACCGGAGACGACCAAAAGAAACUCGACGUCAUCGGCAAUGACCUCUUCAUCGCUGCCAUGCGCUCCUCAGGGAAAUGCGCCGUGCUCGUCUCCGAGGAGGAGGAGGAAGCCAUCUUCUUCACAGAGCACAACAAUGCUCGUUAUGCGGUAGCGUGUGAUCCUAUCGACGGAUCCUCCAACUUGGACGCCGGCGUUUCCGUUGGUACGAUCUUUGGAAUCCAUCAACUGGCCGAGGGAUCUACUGGUACGAAAGAGGAUCUCCUGAAGCCGGGUACGGAAUUGAUUGCUGCGGGCUUUACCAUGUAUGGUGCCUCUACUCAAUUGGUUAUCACGAUGAGGGAAGGUACUGUUAAUGGCUUUACAAUGGAUAAUGGAGUUGGCGAAUUUAUUCUCUCACAUCCGGAUAUGAGGAUCCCCAAGCAACGAGCAAUCUACUCGGUCAACGAGGGCAACUCACUCUAUUGGGAAGACUCAACUAAGGCAUACUUCAAUUCUUUGAAAUACCCUACCGAAGAGGGAGGAAAGCCAUAUUCUGCCAGAUACAUUGGAAGUAUGGUUGCCGAUGCCUAUCGAACGCUACUGUAUGGCGGUAUCUUUGCGUAUCCCGCGGAUAAGAAGAGUCCGAAGGGAAAGCUGAGAAUUUUGUACGAGUGCGCACCCAUGGCUAUGGUGUUUGAGAAUGCUGGCGGCCAAGCACUUGAUAGCAAGAUGAAUCGGUUGAUGGAAGUCGUACCUCAGGGCAUCCAUGACAAGUCGGGGAUCUUUAUGGGCAGUUAUGAUGAGAUUGAGAAGGUCAAGUCUUUCCACAAGUGA